AUGAAAAAUUUCAAAAAAAUAAUUUCUAAAAAGAAAGGCAAGUCUACAAUCAUUACCACAACAAGCAAGACCGUUAAUGGUGAUGCUGUUAAUGUCGAAGGCAUUUCAGCUGGAAAUGCUGAAGGUACUUCAGCUAAUACGAAACAAAAAAAUAUGGUCACAACUGAAGAAAAUCAAAUCAUCGAAGGAUUAGACUCCCUUAUUCUUGACAAUCCACCCGAAACUUUAAAUUCCCUUCGUGCGUAUGAAAAAAAGGCUGCUAACGUCUUUAUAGAUCGUAUGGGAAAUAAUUUUAGGUGGCCUACUUCUAUGCCCCAAUGCACCAGAGAACAAGUCUUCUGGACUUUCACUGAUAACGAAGUACUUGAAGAUGAUCAAGAAUACGGACUCAAUUCUAUUUAUUUUUACGAUUGUCUUGACAAGGGAUUGUUUAAUGAUCAUAAAGAAGACUGGGUGCUGGUGUACAAACAGAGAAUAGUUGAAUAUGGAGAAAAGAAGACAAGACAGCAACGUGGAGAUCUCGAUCUCGAAAUGCCUGGCGUUCUUUAUGUCCCAAUUGAUUCAUUACUUCUUCGAGUUAAAAGGGUUGGUGCUGACGAUACAAGAUCCUUCAUGCUUCCUUACCAAUUUAUUGAUACGAAAAAUGCAAAUAAACAUUACAAGACAGUACUAUACACAGGUACGCCAGAAUCCAUACUACUCUAUGAAGUCCGUGCAUACCUAAGAAAUGCUGGAUGGGCAAGAGAUUCGGUCCCUACAACUGGAUAUGGACCACCUGCUAGAUUGUUUUAG